AUGUCGAGACGACGAUAUAGUUCAUUACCUACGGGGAGAGGAAAUGUUGAACUGAUAGUAGACGCGGACAAAUUGGUCCCACAAUGCAAAGAGCCAGAGGACGACGGAGAAAAACCGGAAAUCCGGUUUGGGGCCCUGGAAGCCCGCAGGGUGCCCAAGACAGGAAUCCUUGGGGUGUCCAUCAGUGAUCUCGAACUGUGUCUCUUCUACAUGUUCUUUUUCGCGUGCUGCCUCUUUGGUUAUUGGCACCUCGUCAAGGGCAUGGACCACUGGUUCAAAUCCAGCCCGAAACCCAAUCCAUACGCCUUUGGGCAAAGCUUCGUGCAUAUGAACAUGCUUGUCGGAUUGACUGGAGCAGCAAGACACCUCUUCGGCUCGCAAUAUGUUCACUACUUUGUCAUCGUUUCGUACCUCACAUUCCUCACCAUGAGCAUUGGAUAUCCCAUAUUGGCGUGUGAUUUUCAUCGGAGCAUGCACGCUCAGCAUAAGUUGGCAUAUUUUCAUGUUUUGGGGGCACUGCCGCCCACUAUUGCCUGGAUGAAGGGUCAACAACUCAGGGCGUACAACUUCGUCAAGUGGACGACUUGGGUGUGCCUCAUGUCCAUUGCGUGUCUGUGUGUUCAGGAAGCGCGAUGGUGGGCAAUAUUCGGAGCAUUUCUCGCCAUUUUCACCCUGGAAUACAUUGCGCCGCAGCAAGAACGUCGCUUCGUGUUCAUGGGCUUCUCCUGGCACCUUUUCUUCUACGGCAUUGCCAUUAUUGCCCUGUGCUUCUCUCUUCAGCCAGAACCCAUCCACCCGUGGCACAAGGCCAUCAACGAGGAACUAACCAAUGCCUACAAUCAAGCUAUGCAAGUCUGGAACGCAAUCCUCGCUGCCUGGAAUCCGAUUGAAGAAGCCGAGUGUGUACCUGAUCCUGAUGCUCAAGACGUGGAAGGGUUUCCAUUUGAAAAGGGUAAAGGAGGAGGGAAGGGGAAACGACAUCAAGCAGCAGCACCGCCACCACCGCCGGCAGAUGGCGGCAAGGGCAAAGGAAAGGGUAAAGGCAAAGGCAAAGGCAAGACAGGCGGCGAUGAACCUCCUCUCAAUCGCAAACCAGGUUUCAUACGAGUCCAAGACAAAUGGGUCCCCAUCUGCAAACCCUGGCAGCGCCCGAUGAAACCAGGCAGCAAGCAGGAACAAGCUGGCAAGGCAGGGAAGGGCAAGAAAGGAGGAAAAGCAGGCAAGGGGGGAGCUGGUGAACCCGCACCUCAAGAGGCUAAAGGAAAACCCAAAGGAAAGGCUCCGAAGGGAAAAGCACCUGAGAAUCAACAGGGCAACGUCAACAGGGCUGCUAAAGGACCCGAGACCGGACAUCACCUUCUCCAAGAUUCCAACGACUAUUUCUAAUUAUUAAUUGAUGAAUAUUCUUGUGUGUAUCUAGUAACAAUACAUUAUUACAAAUCGUA